GAUGAUAAGGUAAAAUCUAAUUUUUGUUCAUCGUUGAACUCGCCCACAACAUCCACGAAGUUGAAACAGAAAUGAGAAGCUUCGACAUGGAAAGUGAAAAGCUUGAGAUGUUCGAAGUUGGACCAUGCAAAGAUUCUUACGAAAUGGGUUUCUUAAUAGGCCAAAGAUUCUCCCAACGAAUCAAAAACCGAGUUGCCGGAGACACCAUUCUUCAAAAUCAGCUUCGACCUUUUGCUCAAACUCCUCAAUCAGAAUCACUUCUAAAACACCUUUUUGAUAACAAUCAAAGCAAAUUCCCAAUGUAUUGGGAUGAACUCUUGGGGACUUCAGUAGGAAGUGGUGUGCCUCUCCUUGAUAUUUUACUUAUUAACUUCAAGAAGGAGAUUCUAGCAUUUGUUCCAAAAGAAGGAGUAAAAAGUUUACAAGAUGAUUCCUCGAACGAGUGUUCUGAUGUUCUUCUUGUUGCUGAAUCUAUGGCUAUUGCUGCACACAAUGAAGAUGCAAAUGUUAGCCUUGUUGGUCACACCUACAUAAUCAAAGGAAUAUUGCCGGAUGGAAUGUUCUUCGUUGGUUAUACAUAUGCCGGAGAGCUUCCAAGUUCUGCAUUUGCUUUUAAUAGCAACGGAUUGGUGUUCACUCUGAAUGCAGUACCACCUGCUGAAGAUGAAAUUGUAGGAGGUGGAAUUGGGCGCAACUUCAUUUCUCGACACAUUCUUGAAGCUCAAGGCAUUGACGAUGCUAUAAAUAGGAUUCGUUCGUCAGAAGUUUCGGUGGGACAUUCAUAUAACCUGAUUGAGUUAAAUACUCACAGGAUUGUUAAUGUUGAAACUGCGUCGAAGAAGCGAAUUUCAAUUCACGAGGUUGGAGAAACACCUUUCUUUCACGCAAACAUGUAUCGUCACUUACAUAUUAGUCAGGCACAAGAUGAGAGUUCGAUUAGCCGGCUGAAAAGGGCAAAUGUGAUGACAAAAACAACAAGAGAAGAUUUUCUAUCAAUUCUAGGAGAUGCAGAUAACGAAAAAUAUCCGAUCUACAUGACAGGUGCACCAGGACAUUCAGCUGAGGAAUGCAAAGCACUCAAGAGUAAAAUACAAGAUUUGAUUGAUUCUGAAGUGAUUUCAUUUAUGAAGGUGACAAAAAACACAAGAAAUGAGGGGUUUGAAUUUGGUUUCUAAAAACAAAAACUUUUUCAAAACCAAUAAAAUCAAGCAAUAACACGAACAAGAAAAAUAACAAAUGUUUAAUGUGGAUUGAUGAUUUGACAAUGUCUUGACGAUUGUUAAUUUAUAAAUGGACGGAAAAGAUUCGUUACUUCAUUUUUUUUUAUCAAAUUCGUCAUAAAUAAAUAAAUUAAAAAAUUAAAAAUACGCUACUUUAUCCCUCGAUUUUCAACAAAAUCGAGAUAAUAGGUCAUAAAUAAAAUUUAAAAAAAAAUUAAAAGGUGAUAAAAUAUAGUUGAUGGGAUUCGAAGACGUGUCCUCUAAAUACUUUACCCUUCAGUUUUAAGCAAAACCGAGGUAAUAAGUCAUAAAAUAACUUCAAAAAAAUUUAAAGGUGAUAAAAUAUAGUUGUUGGGAUUCGAAGAUGUAUGUUCUAAAUAGAUUUUCCCUCAGUUUUCAUCAAAACCGAGGUAAUAUGUCAUAAAAAAAUUUAAAAAAAUUUAAAAUGUGUUAAAAUGUAGUUGUUGGGAUUUGAAUGUGUGUCCUCUAAAUAUUUUAUCCAUCGGUUUCCAGCUAAACCGAUGGAAUAUAUGAUAUUUUAAAAAAAGUAAAUUAAAAUGUGAAGCGUCUAUGGUUUACACCGCAGUUUUUUUUUUAGUGAGGUAAAAGUUUUAUCACAAAAUGUAUUAUUUGUAGUAGUGCAGGAUAUGAAAAUGCUAUUGGUAAAGGAGCAUAAAGAAUUUUAAGAUUUGAGACCAAUUAAACCAAUUGCAGACAUAUGUGGAAUGCAUGUCUGGAUCACUGUGAAAAGUGUUUUUGGAUUUUCGGGAUCCUAUACACCAAGUAUGGAGGAAAUUUACCUGGUAAAAACCGUCAGUGGUCAAUCAUAAAUCAUAUGAAAAAUCAUGAAGAAAGACAUAAGAUGAAGGAACUCCGAGCAGAAUAACAUGUUUCACCUGCAGAUGCGAAAUAUUUUGCAUAUUUCAAGAAGUUUUAGGAUAGAUCUUUUGGGAUUUACACCAUGUUGGGACUAAAUGAAAGAAGAAUGUUAAGUUGGUACUAAAUGAAAGAAGAAUGUUAAGGAAAGGGAGUGAUAAACAUUAGGCUUUUCACCUAAAGGAAUUGUUGAGGUGCAAAUAACCGUAAGUUUAGGAAUCUAAUUAAGGAGACAAAAAUUGACAAAGAAAUUGAGCAAAGUUAGAGGCAUGAUACGAGUGUGUCUGGAAGGAGAUGCAAAUGAAAUGAGAAUUUUGAGAAUAAAAUUAUUUUAAAAGGGAGAUAUUGUAAUAUCCGGACCCGAAAUACCGGUUGGAAAUCUUCUAUGUUUAUCGAUCAAUGCAAUUUAAAGAUCUAGGCUAAAAUAAUCAUUUUAUCAUCAAGGGUAUUUUGAUCAAUUCCUAAUAUUAUCACAAUAUUAAGUCAAUUAGAGACUUAAUGUAGUAAGAAUUAUAUUUAGAGCCCUUAACCCACUAACUUGAGCAAAAGGGUAGAAUUGAGAUUCCAUUAAUUAAGUGAAGGGCAUUAUUUUUUGGUUGGCAAGGCUUAUAAGUAAGAGAAUAACUAGGAAUUUAUCCUUCCUUUACUAUUGAGAGAUCACGAUUGUAAAAGGAGCUCAAGAACUCAUGAUCCACCUUCAUCAUCAAGAACAACCAUUGAAAAAGGGAAAGAUGGUUUCACCCAUUUCAUUCUCAAACUCAGAAGUGGCAAGCAACCUAACUUCAUCAUCAUCCCUCUAUCCAAGUUUCAUCCCAUGAUGAUCAAACAAUCAAAUGAUAAAUUUAAGCCUUGGCUUCAAGAAGUGAAGGAAAGCAUAGAGGAUUUGAGAAUUGGAGUGCAUGCAUGUGGCUAGGAAAGAAGGGCAUCAUCGUCGAUCUUUACAAAAGGUGGAUUCACCCUCCCUUAAGUUAUUAAUAUUAAUACUUUAUGAACCAUAAUAUGUUAAUUUUUGAAUGCAUGUUAUAUCCUUAGGGUUUUGAUUGUUAAUUGACAUAUGUGAUGUAAAAUAAUAUGAAAAUGAAGCCUUGACUCGAUAAGCAGGACUAGAGUCUUUCAGAGUGAUAUUGGGAUGUUGAUGAUAUAAUAAACUAUGUUCGAUGGAGUA